AGAAAUUCAACGCUCACAGCUCAUGCCUUCAGUGGCCAUGGAAAUUCCUGUUUUGUUCUCAAAAAAGACUGGUCUCAACUUUUGAUUCUCUCUGGAUUUUACACACCAGCAUCUUGGACAAACCACCUUCUGCCAAGUCAUGUUGACUGGCCAAGGGAACGGCAAACCUAGCAAUGCUCCCCAAGCAGCGAGGCCUCAGAGAGUGCUAGCAUGCAUCCUUUGCCAACAACGGAAGAUUAAGUGCAACCGUACAUUUCCAUGUUCGAAUUGCACAAAACUUGGGGCGCAAUGUGUACCUGCAACCCUUAUGCCCCGCAAGCGUAAGCGCAGAUUUCCAGAGAGAGAGCUCUUGGCUCGCUUGAGGCACUACGAGGAGUUGCUCCGCCAGAAUAAGAUCGAUUUCGAGCCACUUCAUGGGGAGUAUUCUACGGGCAAGGAAUUGCCAGACACAAAUGAGGAUGGAUCCGCAGAAAACGAGCCGUCGCCUGCGGCGACAGCCACGUCGUCUUCGUCUGCUGCACAGCAGUCAAAUGCGACAUACGAGGCCAAAAGUUUUUGGUCUGCAAUGAAUGCUGGAUUUCGCGUAGACGAUGUGGAUAGCGACUCGUCGCAAGAUGAGUUCCAAUACGCCAAUGUCCAGAAAUCUUGGAGUGAAACGCACCAAUACAACGACCAUCUAUUUUUUGGAGCGUAUAGAGACGUGGAUCUGUCGCCUCUACAACCCAGCGCUGUCCAAAUCUUUAAGCUUUGGCAAAUCUACCUUGAUAAUGUGAACCCGCUACUGAAGGUCACUCACACGCCGACUUUACAAUCAUGUAUCGUUGAAGCUGCAAGCAACCCUACAAACAUCAGUCGUGAGCUUGAAGCUUUGAUGUUCGGGAUCUACUGUCUGGCUAUCCAUAGUCUCACUCAUGCAGAUUGCCAGCGCAUCUUCGGUUCUCCAAAAAAUGAACUUAUGAAGGGUUUUCAAUUUGGCUGUCAACAGGCUCUUGGAAAGUGCGAAUUCCUCAGAAGCGCCGACCGCAAUUGUUUGACUGCGUUCUACUUUUAUUUGCUUUCGUCAAUGCCACAGACGGACCCACGUUCCAUGUCAUCCAUGCUUGGCAUUGCUAUUCGACUUUCUCAGCGUCUUCAGAUCAAUAAUGAGACGUCGAACAGGGCCCACGACCCUCUUGAGGCUGAGAUGAGACGUAGACUCUGGUGGUCGCUCAUUACAUUUGAUGCUCGAAUAAGCGAGAUGUCAGAUCAUAGGGAGGGUAUGCUUACUCCGACUUGGGACUGCGCCAUUCCCGCCAAUGUUAGUGACUCAGAAUUGAGGCCGGAUAUGAGGACUCCUCCAAUAGCGCAGACCGCGCCCACUGAGGCGAUAUUUGCUGUAGUCCGCGGUGAAAUGGGUAAAUUUCUCAGCCGAGCUAAUUUCCAUCUGGAUUUCACGAAUCCGGUCUUGAAACAAAUGCCAUUGGACAAGAUCGCUCAGCAACUGAAGGUAACUUCAAUAGGAGCGCAUAGAAGUGAAUCGGAUGAGCUUGAGGACCUUAUUGAGAACAAAUACCUACGGCAUUGUGAUGAAGAGAACCCUACCCACUUUAUGACAAUAUGGUAUGCACGUGCAUAUAUCAACCGCUGUCGCUUAAUAGAAUAUUACUCGAAAUGCGCGAAUCGCUCGUCUGGUGACGUAGCUAGUCAGAGCUCAUCAACAGCACAUCAGCCGACUCCUUCAGAGGCCGAACGUCAAGCGGCAUUCGAUUACGCAAUGACACAUCUAGAGUGCGACACCAAAAUCUCUAGUUCGCCUUUGACUCGAGGCUUUCUCUGGCUGAUGGAAUACAACUUCCCCGUGAUCGCCUACUUCCAGCUCGUCCAGCACCUCCGUCGGCGACCAUUGUGCGAGCAGGCCGAACGUGCGUGGAAGGUCAUGAACGACAACUUCAUGGCGAGGCUUGACAGACAGUUAGAUGGAGAGAGACCCCAAACAAAUCUCAUAGUAAAAUUCUUUGCCAAGGUUGUCCUGGGCUCAUGGGCAGUCAGAGAAAUGGCACUAGCCGGACAGCAGCACUCUCUUGAACCAUUGCCGCCCACCCCUCCCAUGAUUCAAGCUCUACGACUCAUGGUCGCUGACAAAGAAGCUGGACCAUCCGGCGUUUCUGAGAAGACCGAAUCUCUGGCUUCUGGAGGGGUGAUGGAUCCAUUUCUGGUAGGCACCAUGUACUCAAGCACAGGCAUGGACAUGCCCAUGGACUUGGGUAUCAGCGAGUUUCCUCAUGGGUUACCUGACUUUGCCAUGGCGCCGUUUCAGGUGGACAACCUUUUUGAUUUCCAAGGUCCAUCAUCAAGUACGGGUAUGUAUUCGCACGACUUGAGCACACCGUAUCACGGAGCAUGACGGCGUUGAGCACUGUGGCGAGCUUUGAACUGCCAUUUACAGCCCAGAGCGCACAGCUCGAAAGGCUUGUCAUCGCCAUUUCUGAGUCGUGAUCCGGCUUUAGUGAUAUGUCAAUCGCCAGAAAUAGAUAAUGCCGCUUCACCCU